AUGCAACCGGACCCAGCUGUCGCGUUUGUGACCGGAGCUACCGGCGCUCAAGGCGGAGCUACUGCACGUCAGCUCCUGGAUGCCGGAGCCCAGGUUCAUGCCCUCGUUCGGGAUACGUCCUCACAAGCUGCCAUUGAUCUUCAGGCUCGGGGAGCACGAUUGUUUCAAGGAAGCUUUGAUGACAUCGCAGUUUUGAAGGCUGCGAUGUCGCGUGCAAAUGCCGUCUUUCUUAACGUCCUACCUAGUCCGCGGGAUCCUAGCCUUGAGGUCACCUAUGCCAAAAACAUCAUUGAUGCUGCCAAAGCCGCCGGCUCUGUCACAACUAUGGUCUACAGCAGCGUGACAAUGACCGGAAAACAUGAGACCUUUCCGAACUGGGGUCCGGAGUAUCCGCUGGCAUGGUACUGGACCAACAAAGACCAGAUCGAGAAGAUGGUGCGCAGCGCCGGGUUCCAACACUGGACUAUCUUACGACCAGCAUUUCUGAUGGACAACUACCAUCAACCCAAAGUCUCGUUCAUGUUCCCGGAACUGGUGGCCAGUCACACAUUUCUAACAGCAUACCAUCCCGACACUCGCAUGACUGUGGUUGAUUCGGAUGAUGUCGGCAAGUUUGCGACAGCCGCCAUUCUCGAGCCUUCUCGUUUCCAUGGCCAUGAGAUUGACCUCGGCGUCGAGAGCCUCAGCCCGGCCGAGAUCGUGCGUGCACUAAGCCACGCGAGUGGGAAGGAAGUCGGUCUACAGUUUUAUUCCAAGGAUGAAGCAGAGCGGAUUGCUGCUAGAAACCCGAGAAUUUGGGCGGAUUUGUGGGCCAAUGACGUCGGAUAUCAGGUCAAUUUCGAGGAAUUGGACAAUUAUCAGAUUCAAAUGACCAGCUUUUCCCAAUAUCUGCAGAACCAGCGGGGCGUCAUCCUGCGGACCUUUGGUCAAGAUCCGACCUACGCUACGUCUGCUGUAUAA